AGAUUCGACUUGACCGUCGUGCGAACAGCAUCUACAGUAGAUCUUUCAAAGUGCUAGAGUAUACUAUACCUCCGAUACUUUUGCAAUCCGUCGCGUUCGUCGCAAUCUUGUGCCUUGUUAUCCUCAGUUUGGCGUUGCUAGCGUCCGUCGAAACUGACUGCCGCUGGAUAGGAUGUCACGCUCAAUCGGCCAGCGACUGGUGCGAUGUCAUGGGACCAGGAUACAGAGUCAGGAAAAAUUUAACGUUUAGGGACUGCUGGUUGCUGAGAUGUCCGCUAGAGGGUUCACCCGCACAUGAACGACUGAACGAGAGUCGAGACGAGUGCGGACUGCGGCGAGGGAGAAGCAGUCGUUUUGCCCGUGUUUGGUCAUAGUCCUAUAAGUGCUAUUUUCAAAAACAAAGUGAUUUGAUUUUAUAAUCCGUCGAAGAAUCAAACUAUCGAUAAAAAAUGUCGCAGAUUUCCUUAACCGAACAACCGCAUUUACAACAAGUAGACUUAACUCAAUUAAGUUUACAACAACUCACACAGUUGAAACAGCAAUUGGAUCAAGAACUCAUGGUAUUUCAAGAUUCAUUGCACAGUUUAAAAAUUGCCCAAAGCAAAUUUCAAGAGUCUAACGAGUGCCUUGAUAAAUUCACACCAAAUGCAAAAGGAAAAGAAAUUCUGGUGCCGUUGACUGGAUCAAUGUACGUGCCAGGAAAAUUGGUUGAUACAGAAAAAGUCCUUAUUGAUAUUGGAACAGGAUAUUAUGCGGAGAAAAAUAUACCAGACGCCAAAGAGUAUUUUAAAAGACGAGUUGUCUUUGUAACUGAACAGAUGGAAAAAAUUCAGGCAAUAGGUCAAGAAAAAAGUAAAAUUAGAGAAGCUACUAUUGACGUAAUGGAAAUGAAAUUGGAAGCGCUGCAGAAUAAGGUUGCUGAAUGAGCAAACCUUUUUGUCAGCAGCAUUUAUAUUGACAUUGUAUACUAAAGUUAUUUUUACAUCAUUCAUUCUCUUAAGCAAAAGUUUGCAAAUAAUUUAUGUGAAUGCAGAAACAAAUGAAAUAUAAUAUAUGUAGACUGUUAUUGAUACAUAUACUCAUUCUUCUAUGAUAAAAGAAUCAAAUAGCAAACAUUUACGUAUAUAAGGUGAAAUUGUUUUUUAAACUGAUUAUGUAUACAAAUGCAUACAUUUUUUUAUCUUGAUGAAAUAUAAAUUUUGGACACCAUGAAAUUUGUCACAUAAUUAUUUACAUCCACUUCAAUAUACUUAUGAGAAUAAAUCAAGUUAGCAAGAGCCACAAGAUUCAUAAAAAUAGGAAAAUGAAAAAUUCAAAUAUGAGUAUAAAUUUUUAUCGCUCUAACAAUUUUGCAGGUACAAGCUUAUAAUCUUGAUCAUAAUGUGACAAUAUAUGAUUACGAUGAUAAUAAUAAUAAUAAUAGUAAUAAUAAUAAUGACAGUAAACAGUACAAUAAGCAUAAUCAUAACUUGAGCAAGCUUUAGUUCUAUAAAAAAAGAGUUUAAAUAUAGUUUAGAUGGUAAAAAAGCUGAUAGUUUAUCUCAUAUUUUGUGUAUAACAAAUAAAUAUAUAUAUUUUGUAUACCUCCCAUGACACAGAAAUGAAAAGGCAAGCUUAAUAAAAAUAAUGAAAAACGAGAUUAUUUUUUAGACGACAUAAAGAAGGCUGUGUGUGCUUGAUAAAAGUCAUUUUAUUUUUUUUUUUUAAAAACCUAGUUGGAAUGCCACUCUACACGUGAGACGGGACAAUAUGUAAAACUAUAUUCUACGAUAUAUAUAUAUAUAUAACUAUAUAUGCUUUAUGAUUUUUUCGGUCAACGUUAUAUAUUAUGUAUAUAUAAUAAUAUGAAAACGCAGUUUAUUGUAAUAUACUUUAUUUCUUGACAAAUGUAAACACUCUUCAAUGAAAAUGGAUCAUAUUUUCGUAUGGGUUUAGACCUUGAAACUCCAAAUAUUCUUGAAACUUCAAGCUCGUUUCCCAAGUGUCAAUUAUCACUAUUAAAGUACACAACAUUGAACUUGUUUAAAGAAA